AUGUCCGCCGUGGCGCAUCAUCAUCGGCCCACGACAAAAGUCACCAACAAGCCAUUCAAGUCCAAGGCUGCUUCCAAGCAUGAGUUGAGGGAUCGCGCAAAAGGCCGAGUCCCAAACGAAAAAGGAUCGCGCAAAACUCCCCACCAACAAGUCAUGUCUAAAUUCGACCGACGAAACCAGGCGAAGCAGAAUCGCCUCACGAAGCACAGAGAGCAUCUGAAGGAGACGUCGGUUUUCUCUGGGAAAGAUGCAGCCCCGAGGAUUGCUGCCGUCAUUCCUCUUUGCGCUGAUGGCGACGCCAAGGCAGCCAUUCAGUCGCUGAACAGCAGCGUCGAUAUCGAGACCGAUCUCAGCAGCAACAACCUCCAGGUGACAGUCGACCGUUUCAAGCAGAAGCUGCAAUAUGUUGCCCUCACAAGGGACCUUAACGCUUGCUUGGAUGCCGCCAGCGCAGCCGAUUUCGUCAUUAUUGUUCUAUCUGCCUCCGUCGAGGUUGACGCAUUGGGAGAGCUGAUUCUUCGAAGCGUCGAGAGCCAAGGCUUGUCGACGCUGUUCACGAUGGUACAAGGGCUUGAUAAAAUUGAACCAGCAAAGCAGAGACCUGGUGUCAUGACCUCGCUUAAAUCCUUCAUUACUCACUUCCACCCCGAGCAAGAGAAGCUAUAUAGCAUCGAUAACAGGCAGGACUGUGCCAACCUUGUGCGAUCCCUCUGCAGCACAACCCCCAAGGGCAUCAGGUGGAGAGAUGAGAGGAGCUGGAUGCUGGCGGAGAGCGUCAAGUUUGCAUCGAACGACUCAGAAUCUACAAUUAUCACCGGUGUGGUUAGGGGUAAAGGGCUGAAGGCGGAUCGACUGAUACAGGUCGGCGACUGGGGCACAUAUCAGAUCGAAAAAAUUGUCGCCGCCCCUCUACCGAAGCACAUCAAGAAGAAAGGAGAAACGACGGUUGAGACUGAGGAAGAAAAGGUUUUGGAAGAGCCCUCUGAGGAUCGAGAUGGUCUGGAUCAACUCGCGCCUGAGGACGUUAUGAUGGAUGCAGAAGAUGACGCCGCCAUGUCUGUGGCGCCAUCAGAGAAGAAGGGUGUCUUGCUAGACGAGCAUCAUUACUUUUCGGAUGAGGAGGACGAAGCGACAGCUGGAACGAAGAAAGUACCCAAGGGAACCUCAAAAUACCAGUCCGCUUGGUAUCUGGAUGAUGUGUCGGACUCCGGCUCUGAUAUGGAAGAUAUGGAGAUGGAUGACGAAAACGCUGAAGAGGAGGAAAUCGGUCCUGAGGAUGGUAUGGAAGGCUUUGCCCAGCCUGAGCCCACAGAAGCCGCUGCUUCGGAAUAUCCCCAGUCUGAGAUGAUGGAGCCCGAUGAGGAUGAGGAUGCUGUUCAGUUGGAGCAGUACCGAGCACGGAAGCGUGAUGAGGCUGAAGACGACAGAGAGUUCCCUGAUGAAGUUGAACUUCACCCUAAUGUUCUGGCCAGAGAGAGGUUGGCUCGAUACCGUGGUCUGAAGAGUCUCCGAACUUCACCGUGGCAGGAAGAUGAGGAUCGAGCUCACGAACCAGAGGAAUGGCGUCGAUUGCUGCAGAUUCCUGACUACAACUCUUCGCGAUCAAGAGCGACCCGUGAGGCUUUGGUUGGUGGUGUGCAGCCCGGAACUCGCGUUCAUGUCUAUGUCAAGGGCAUCCCAGCCGCCGCAGCGCAGUCCUACAACCCCAACUCCCCAGUCACAUUAGUUUCCUUACUCCGUCAUGAGAACAAGAAGACUGUGGUCAACUAUCUAAUCAACCUCAGCUCUGAUUAUACUGCUUCGAUCAAGGCCAAGGAGGAGCUGAUUGUCCAGUGCGGCCCUCGAAGAAUGGUUAUCAAGCCUCUCUUCUCACAGUCUGGCUCGACGCCAAACGACGUACACAAGUAUUGCCGAUACUUACACCCUGGCCAAUCGGCCAUUGCCACAUUCAUGGGACCUGUUACGUGGGGCGCUGUUCCUGUCUUAUUCUUCAAGCGGACAGUUGCGGGUGCAGAUGUUGAGGGUGAGGGCACAUCAAACGCCGGCCUGAAGUUGGUUGCGACAGGCACAGCUCUGCCUCCUUCAACAUCUCGCGUUGUUGCCAAGCGCGUCAUUCUCGCCGGUCACCCAUACCAUAUUCACAAGAAGAUUGUCACCGUUCGAUACAUGUUCUUCAACCGUGAGGACGUGGAGUGGUUCAAGGCUAUGCCCCUGUGGACCAAGCGCGGACGAAGCGGCUUUAUCAAGGAGCCUCUGGGUACUCAUGGUUACUUCAAGGCGACGUUUGACGGACGCAUCAACCCUCAGGACUCUGUGGCAAUUAGCUUGUACAAGAGAGUUUGGCCGAGACAUGCGGUUCCUGUUACUGGAUCGUUGUUGGCAGCCGGUGCUGUUGUUGCUGAACAGGUGCAAGAGCUGGAUGGAGAUACCAUGAUGGAGUAA